GUCUUGUGUUCAGUGGGAAAGAGCAGGAUGAAGGCAACGACCGUGGCUGUUUUGGCAGUCGUGCUGCUGGCCGGCAUGGCCGCGGCCAAGACUCGCUGGCAUCAGCUUGAGGGCUAUACGUUUGAGCAUUACAAGGCCGAGUACAAGAAGGCCUACGCCACGACCACGGAGCACGAGUACCGCCGCCAAGUGUUUGAGCAGAACCUGGCCAAGAUCCGCGCACACAACGCUGACACUACCAAGACCUGGAAGGAGGGCGUGAACCACAUGAGCGACUGGACCAGCGAGGAGUUCCGUCGCCUGCUUGGCUAUGACCAGUCUUACGGCUACUCGAAGCACCAGCCCGCGCCCACCCAGACCCGCCUGGGCAUGGUCCAGCUGCCCGAGACGGUUGACUGGCGUACCCAGGGUGUUGUGACCCCCGUCAAGGACCAGGGCAACUGCGGUUCUUGCUGGUCGUUUGGCUCCGCCCAGACACUCGAGUCCCACGUUGCCAUCAAGACUGGCUACCUCGAGACCCUCUCCGAGCAGAACAUUCUGGAUUGCACGCCCAACCCCAACGAGUGCGGUGGCACCGGUGGCUGCGAGGGUGGCACGGCCGAGCUCGCCUACGACGCCUUUGCCAAGAACGGCGGUGUGCAGACCGAGUGGACCUACCCCUACAUCUCGUGGGCCGGCAAGAACUUUGAGUGCCAGUUUGACCCCAGCAAGUCGGUCAUCAACGUGACGGGCUACACCAAGCUGCCCUCCAACCAGUACGAGCCCCUGAUGUCUGCUGUCGCCAACCUUGGCCCCAUCGCCAUCUCCGUCGAGGCCAUCCGCUGGCAAAGCUACGAAGAGGGUGUCUUUGACGGCUGCAACCAGACCAACCCCGACAUUGACCACAACGUGCAGCUCGUCGGUUACGGCUCGGAGGACGGCAAGGACUACUGGCUCGUCCGCAACUCCUGGACCCCUCACUGGGGCGACCACGGCUACAUCAAGACGGUGACUGUUUGCGGCACCUGCGGCAUCCUCUUUGACACUGUCUACCCCACCAUCUCUGUCUAA